AUGUGGGUUUCAACUUCUUACUGUGUAAAUGGGGAAACUGAUGAGUUAACUGUGGGGCCAAGGAGUUUUGACGAUUUCUUUUGGGGCCGCAAACUUCGCCUUUUCUACAAGGAUGAGUGUGCCCAAGCAGACGACUGUCACACCAAUGCCCUGCACCAGAAUCCACCCACCUCCUACAUGUGAUUCUGCAAACCUGGCUACCUGGGGAAGGGCAAAGCAGUGGAAGACAUUGAUGAAUGUGAAAAUGAACUCAACGGAGGCUGUGUCCACGAGUGUCUGAACAUUCCAGGCAAUUAUCGCUGCACUUGUUUUGAUGGCUUCAUGUUGGCUCAUGACGGUCACAAUUGUCUGGAUGUGGACGAGUGCCUGGAGAACAAUGGUGGCUGCCAGCACACCUGUGUCAACGUCAUGGGGAGCUACGAAUGCCGCUGCAAGGAGGGAUUUUUCCUGAGUGACAAUCAACACACGUGCAUUCACCGCUCAGAAGAGGGACUGAGCUGCAUGAAUAAGGAUCAUGGCUGUGGUCACAUCUGCAAGGAGGCCCCAAGGGGCGGCGUCGCCUGUGAGUGCAGGCCUGGUUUUGAGCUGGCCAAGAACCAGAGAGACUGCAUCUUGACCUGUAACCAUGGAAACGGCGGGUGCCAGCACUCGUGUGAGGACACAGCUGCAGGCCCAGAGUGUAGCUGCCAUCCACAGUACAAGAUGCACACAGAUGGGCGGAGCUGCCUUGAGCAAGAGGACACUGCCCUGGAGGUGAUGGAGAACAAUGCCACGUCAGUGGCAGAUGGGGAUAAACGAGUGAAACGGAGGCUGCUUAUGGAAACAUGUGCUGUCAACAAUGGAGGCUGUGAUCGUACAUGCAAGGACACUUCAACGGGUGUUCACUGCACUUGUCCUGUUGGAUUCACACUCCAGUCGGACGGGAAAACCUGUAAAGAUAUUGAUGAGUGCCAGGCCCGCAAUGGUGGUUGUGAUCAUUUCUGCAAAAACACCGUGGGCAGUUUUGACUGCAGCUGCAAAAAAGGAUUUAAAUUAUUAACAGAUGAGAAGUCUUGCCAAGAUGUGGAUGAGUGCUCUUUGGAUAGGACCUGUGACCACAACUGCAUCAACCACCCUGGCUCGUUUGCAUGUGCCUGUAACCAAGGGUAUACCCUCUACGGCUUCACACACUGUGGAGACACAAACGAGUGCAGUGUCAACAACGGAGGCUGUCAGCAGGUCUGUGUGAAUAUAGUGGGCGGCUACGAAUGCCAGUGCCACUCUGGAUACAAGCUCCACUGGAAUAAAAAAGACUGUGUGGAAGUGAAGGGAUUCCUGCCUAAUAGGACACCCCGUGUGUCCCUGCAUUGCAGUAAAAGUGGUGGAGGAGACAGGUGCUUCCUAAGAUGUCACUCUGGCAUUCACCUUUCUUCAGGACCGCAAGACGCCUACUCUGUUACCUGCGGUGCUUCUUCUCCUCUCAGGAACAAACAGCAAAAAGCAAAUGACUCUUCUUUUGGGGAUGUCGCCACCAUCAGGACAAGUGUAACCUUUAAGCUAAAUGAAGGCAAGUGUAGUUUGAAAAAGGCUGAGCUGUUUCCUGAGGGUCUGCGACCAGUACUACCAGAGAAGCACAGUUCAGUAAAAGAGAGCUUCCGCUACGCAAACCUUACAUGCAGCCCCGGCAAGCAAGUUCCAGGAGCCCCUGGCCGCCCAAGCACCGCUAAGGAAAUGUUUAUCACUGUUGAGUUUGAGCUUGAAACUAACCAAAAGGAGGUAACAGCUUCUUGUGAUCUGAGCUGCACUGUGAAGCGAACAGAGAAGCGACUCCGGAAAGCCAUCCGUACACUUCGGAAAGCAGCCCAUAGGGAGCAGUUUCAUCUCCAGCUGCCAGGUGUGGACCUCGAAGUGACUAAAAAGGCCCGCAGAACAUCUGAGCGCCAGGCAGAGUCCUGUGGAGUGGGUCAGAGCCAUGUUGGAAACCAGUGUGGUCUGUGCCAACCUGGUGAAUAUUCCACUGAUGGAUUUGCCCCCUGCCAGCUCUGUCCCCUGGGCACUUUCCAGCCUGAAGCUGGUCGCACUUCCUGCUUCCCCUGUGGAGGAGGCCUCUCCACCAAACACCUAGGAGCCACUUCCUUCCAGGACUGUGAGACCAGAGUUCAGUGUUCUCCUGGACAUUUCUAUAACACCACAAUACAUCGAUGUAUCCGUUGCCCAGCAGGAACAUACCAGCCUGAAUUUGGAAAAGAUAAUUGUGUUUCCUGCCCAGGAAAUACUACAACUGAUUUUGAUGGCUCCACAAAUAUAACCCAGUGUAAAAACAGAAGAUGUGGAGGGGAGCUGGGAGAUUUCACCGGGUACAUCGAAUCCCCAAACUAUCCAGGCAAUUACCCAGCCAACACCGAGUGUACCUGGACUAUCAACCCACCCCCCAAGCGCCGGAUCUUGAUUGUGGUCCCUGAGAUCUUCCUGCCCAUAGAAGAUGACUGUGGGGACUACCUGGUGAUGCGGAAAACCUCUUCCUCCAAUUCCGUGACAACUUAUGAAACAUGCCAGACCUAUGAGCGCCCCAUCGCCUUCACCUCCAGGUCAAAGAAGCUGUGGAUUCAGUUCAAGUCCAACGAAGGGAACAGUGCCAGAGGGUUCCAGGUGCCCUAUGUGACGUACGAUGAGGACUACCAGGAACUCAUCGAAGACAUUGUUCGGGAUGGCAGGCUCUAUGCAUCUGAGAAUCACCAAGAAAUACUCAAGGAUAAGAAGCUGAUCAAGGCUCUGUUUGAUGUACUGGCCCACCCCCAGAACUAUUUCAAGUACACAGCCCAAGAGUCCCGAGAAAUGUUUCCAAGAUCUUUCAUCCGAUUGCUACGUUCCAAAGUGUCCAGGUUUUUGAGGCCUUACAAAUGA